AUGGCGUGCAUGUGGCGGACCUUUAUAGCCAUCUACCUUAGCUUAGGCUCUGUGGAGUGUGUCGACAAGUCCAAGUUCCGGACCUUCGAGCAAGGAUCCUUCGGACGGCGCUAUCGAAAGUACAUCAGCAAGGUGGAGGGCGAUGCAGGCCUUGUGGUUCACAAGCUGGACCCGUCUACCAUCAAGUCCAGCGGCAACAAAGUGCAGGCCAGCCUACUCUUCGCCAACGACGCCAGUGUGAAGCCCCUUCUGUUAGAGCUGAGCUUCUUCCUGAAUGACGUGGACGGCAGCGGCGGAAUCGUCCGAACAUUCGUCACGGAGAAGGAUCCUCUCCACCCGCGCUUUCGGCUCACACCCGGGGACGUGGUUCGAAAAGACGAGGACUUGCAGCCCGAUAAGGUCGCUGUGACCGAAGGUGCCGGGUUCACAGAGAUUGCUAGCACCAGUGGUGCGUGCAAGGUGAAGUUGCAGCACUCCCCCUUUCAGCUUGAGUAUGUCGCACAUGGUCGGGUGCUCCAGAAGCUCAAUUCUCGGCGGUUCCUAAACUUCGAAAGAUACAGAGCCAAGGGCGCGCAGGCGCAUGCCGGACUCGUGGAUGCGACGGACCUUGAUCCGAACAACUUGUUCGAGGAAAGCUUUGGUGGCCACACAGACAGCAAACCCCGGGGACCAGCUGCAGUGGGUGUGGAUGUGGCCUUCGAGGACGCCGUCGAUGUCUUCGGGCUUGCAGAGCAUGCAGUUGGCCUGGGCCUGGGUGAGAACCGCUUACCAGAGCCGUAUCGAUUCUUCAACCUGGAUGUCUUCGAGUACGCGCUGGACGUACCCAUGGCCUUGUAUGGUGCUAUUCCCCUGGUGACGGCAAUUCAUCGCGAGAAGUCGGGUGAAACCGUUGCAUCCGGCUUCUUUUUCCCCAAUCCGUCGGAAGGCUUCGUGCAUGUGGAUGCAUCGAAAGGAUCUCCCCAAACA